GCUUUCUCCUCUUCCAUCAGCCCUUUGAAACUAAGGAGGACCUGCUGCCUGCCUCAUUUCAGAACGGUUUGAUUGAUGGCACUUAAUUAUAUUUUAUCUUUUGGUAGAAAAGGAGAGAGGAAUGAAAUAUCUGUGAUGACUCUGUUCACAUUUUUGGCUUUUCUCUCUCUGUUUGGUGGUGCUUUGCAAUUGCUGGACAAUGGGAUAUUUUUAAUUUAUAAUGAAGACCACAAGCAAUGUAUACAAGUCUACAGUUCAAGAUCAGUAAGAACCGCCCCUUGUCAUAAGGACAAUGAAUUCCAAAAAUUCAGGUGGAUCUCUGAACAUCAGCUUAUGAAUAUAGCUUUCAGCAUGUGCUUGGGAGUGCCUUCAAAGGAAGAUCAGGUUGCCAUUACUCUCUAUCCUUGUAACAAAACAAGUGAACUUCAGCUGUGGGAAUGCCAAAAUGAGGGCCUUUUUGGACUGAGAGGAGAAGAUCUAUUUUUUAACUCUGACAACAUAGAAGAAGAAAAUAUUAUGCUGUACAAUGGAUCAAACAUUAAGAGUAAGUGGAAGAUCUAUGGAACCACAGAUGAUUUAUGCUCUCGGAGCUAUGAAGAUCUAUUUACAUUACUAGGAAAUGCAUAUGGGGCACCCUGUGUAUUUCCUUUCAAAGUAAAUGGCAAAUGGUACUCUGAGUGUACAGAUGCUGGGAGGCCAGAUGGCUGGCUCUGGUGUGCAACAACUACAGAUUUUGACACUGACCAGUUGUAUGGAUUUUGCCCAUUAAAAUAUAAAGACACUGUCAGAUUUUGGACUACAGAUCCUUCUACAGGUACCUAUUAUCAGAUAAACUCCCAAUCAGCUCUAACUUGGCACCAGGCAAGAAAAAGUUGUCAGCAACAGAACGCAGAAUUGCUGAGUGUUACAGAGAUUCAUGAACAAACACAUCUGAGAGGAUUAAUUGAAGGGAUUGAUACUUCACUGUGGACUGGACUUAACAGAUUGGAUUUAAAGAGUGGAUGGCAAUGGACUGGUGGCAAUCCUUUCAGAUACCUAAACUGGGCACCAGGAAACCCUUCCUCAGAUGCUGGGAAAAUCUGUGCAGCUUUAAAUCCUGGAAGGAAUUUUAAAUGGGAAAACCGGGAAUGUGGAGAGAAAAUUGGCUAUAUUUGCAAAUGGGGAGAUACCCAUUUAGAUUAUAUCACUAUUCCCUCAGGUGACUUUGAGUCUGUUGGUUGCCCAGAUGGUUGGAGGUCAUAUGCUGGUCACUGUUACAUGAUUUACAGGGAGCCCGAAGUGUGGGAAGAAGCUUUGACUUCCUGUAGAAAGAAUGAUGGUGAUCUUGUCAGUAUUCAUAACAUGGAAGAGCACAGCUUCAUAGUGUCUCAGCUUGGAUAUAAGCCAACAGAGGAGUUGUGGAUUGGACUAAAUGACAAUAAGGUUCAAAUGUAUUUUGAAUGGAGUGAUGGGACUCCUGUGACAUACACCAAAUGGCUACAUGGAGAGCCAACCCAUGAAAAUGACAGGCAGGAAGACUGUGGAAUUAUGAAGGGCCAGGAUGGUUAUUGGGCAGAUCAUGUUUGUAAAAAGAAAACUGGUUAUGUUUGUAAAAGAAAACCUUUGGUACAAGUGCCUGAAGAAAAGGAAAGUGCUGAUGCAGGCUGCCAGAGAGGAUGGAAAAGAUAUGGAACAUUUUGCUAUUCUAUUGGAAAUGUAUCUGAAACAUUUUUAGAAGCAAAUAAAGCAUGUCAAAAGAACAAUGGUUACAUAGCAACGGUUGAAAAUCGGUAUGAACAAGCCUUUCUGAUUAGUCUGGUUGGGCUGACAUCAGAAAAAUAUUUCUGGAUUGGUCUCUUUGAUGCAGAAAAACAAGGAAUAUUCAAGUGGGCCAAUGGUGAAGAGGUUCUGUUCACUCACUGGAAUUCAGGAAUGCCUGGCAGGGAGUCAGGAUGUGCUGCAAUGAGAACUGGAACUGCAGCUGGAUUAUGGGAUGUUCUUCCUUGUGAGUUGAUGGAAAGAUUUAUUUGUAAACAACGUGCUGCAGAUGCCACAUAUUCUCCUGUUCGAACAACAACUCCUGCCCCAGUGUGUCCUGAGGGUUGGGUCUCAACUGUUCAUAGUAAUUCAUGCUUCAAAGUUUUUCUCAGACAAAAUGAACAACAAAAAACGUGGCUUAAAGCUCGGGAUUUUUGUAGAGAAAUGGGUGGAGACCUGGCUAGCAUCCACAGUAAAGAGGAAAGUAUUGUCAUAAGUAGUGCAUUAAGGGAUAUUAAUACUUUUGGAAAUACUUAUUUAUGGAUCGGUAUAUUUUUCUUGGAAGGACUUGCCUGGAGUGAUGGCUCUCCUGUUACCUAUGCAGACUGGUUUGAAUCAUCAAGUAUUCAGGACAAAAGCAAAUACUGUGGAAUUAUUGAUGUCAAAUACAAUAAAUGGCAUAAGGCAGACUGUAGAAUGCUUGAAAACUGGAUUUGUCAAAUAAAAAAAGGACCAUUCAAACCAGAACCCACUGACAAGCCUGCAUAUAAAACCAUUGAAGAUGCAUGGGUUAUACAUGAAGACAAGCAGUAUUUUAUAAGCGAUGAUUAUAGCUCUAUGGAAAAAUCCCGGGAGGUUUGCAAGAAGAAUUUUGCAGAUCUCGCUGUCAUUGAAAGUGAAAGUGAAAGGAAAUUUCUAUGGAAAAAUAGUGAUCAGCAUGAACCAAGGUGGUAUUUCAUUGGUUUAACAGUGAGCCUUGAUAAAAGGUUUAGCUGGAUAGAUGGUUCCCUAGUGAACUAUGUAGCUUGGGCCCCAGAUGAACCUAACUUUCAAAAUAAUGAUGAAAACUGUGUGGUCAUGGACUCAUACACAGGUCUUUGGAGUGAUGUAAAUUGUGGCGCACUAAAUUUUUUUAUCUGUGAAAGACGUAAUAGUUCCAUUAAAUCAACGUAUACACCUUUAUUUAAACCUGGAGGAUGUCCAGAAACUUGGCUUUUGUUUGAUAAUAAGUGUUUCAAAAUAUUUGGUUCCAAUAAAACAGAGGAGCUGACAUGGCAGGAUGCACGAACAGCUUGUGUGACACUUGGGGGAAACUUGGCUACCAUCCCAAACAAACAAUUACAAGCCUUCCUUUUCUACCACUUAAAGGAAGUUAUGACUGAUGUCUGGAUUGGACUGAAUGAUAUACAUCUAGAGAUGGCAUUUCUUUGGACAGAUGGAAGUAGUAUCUCUUAUGUCAACUGGGCCUUUGGUGCACCCUCAGACGACUUGUAUAAUAUACAUGACAACAGUGAUACAAAUUGUGUCAUAAUGGCAUUGGGAAAUGGGAAAUGGAGAGAUAAAGACUGUGCAGAAGCCAAAGGCUAUAUAUGUCAAAUUAAUUCAGAUCCUAAAUUACUUCUUUCCUCAACAACAGUUCCAGCCUCUGAUUUUACCCAUUUCGGUGGCAGUAGUUAUUCAAUAAUCCAGUCCAAGAUGACAUGGGAAGAGGCAAGAAAAAACUGCAAGAACAAAUCUUCAGAACUUGCUAGUAUUUUAGAUGCUUAUAGUCAGUCAUUCCUAUGGCUACAGAUACUCAAGUACGGAGAACCUGUAUGGAUUGGUCUUAACAGUGAGGUGAUGCCCACAUAUUACCAAUGGACUGAUAACUGGGUAAUCAAGUAUUCUCAAUGGGCAAGGGGAGAGCCAAAGACUAAAAGAGCCUGUGUCUAUGUAGACAUAGAUGGGUACUGGAAGACAGCAUCCUGUAAUAAAAACUUCUCUUCAGUCUGCAAACAGUCAGAUGCUGUGGCCCCUUCUGGUUUUGAGGAAUCAGCUGAGCACUGCCCUGAAUCAGAUAGCCUCAGAUCUUGGAUUCCAUACCGUAGUCAUUGCUAUUACAUUGAAACAUCAGCUGAAAGAAGCUGGGCCCAAGCCUCUCUGGAAUGUAUUAAAUUAGGUGCUACUUUGGCUUCAGUAGAAGAUUCGGCUGAGUCUGAUUUUCUGACAUACAGAAUACUGAUAUCUCAAAAACUACUGUCCAAGAGUUGGUUUCAAUACUAUGAAAAGAGUUAUGGUGGUUUUUCCAGUUUUUUAUUCGAUUUGGGAUGGUUCGAUUUCUGGACAUCUUUACUAUGGAGUGGCACAAGAAUGAACGGUUUUUGGAUAGGAAUGUACAGAAAUAUGGAUGGCCAGUGGUUAUGGCUAGAUAACACUGCAGUGGAUUUUGCCAACUGGAAUGCAGAACAGCCCAAUGAGGGAGGUCACUGUGUUGAGGUUGCUGCAUUAUAUGGAUUUUGGAAUAAACUUGAGUGUUCUUAUGAACAAGGAUUUGUUUGUGAAAAAUCAAACUUGAUUGAACUUGAAAAAACUGUGAAGAUUUCAAGUGAAAGAGAAGAGAAGAAGGAUGAGGAGUCUUCUGCGUCUGGCAGCCUUGCAAUCUGGAUACUGGGAGUGCUGGCCAUUCUCAGUUUAGCGGGAGCUGGCCUCAUGGCCUCUUUCUUAUACAAGAAAAAAAGGCAAAAUCAAAAGUAAAAAAGUGAUGAAGGCAAUGAGACACAACUGAAUAGCACUGAUACUGCUUAAGGAAGUAGUGAAAUAAAGGAUUCUGUAGGCAGUAUCAGGCAGAAUGUACACACUGUCCUCUAGUUUAAUAAAACUAUGGAUGUGCCAGAUUUUGGUAAUUUAACUAAGUGGAAUGAAUUGAAUCUUGAACCAAAGACAAGUUCUCUUGUAGCAGUAAUUGCUUAUUUUAUGUUGUAUGCAUUUUUAAGCAAGCAGAAACAUUUAUUACUAUUAUAUUGUUCUAGCAUUCAGACUCUUCUCAUAAAUGGAACAAAUGAGCAUGGAUAAAUAUCAUAAUAAAUAUCAAUAAGAAAUAUCAUUUCUUAUUUAGAACUAGAUGGCCCUAAGAUAUCACGAUCAUUGAAUUUGCUUUGUGGAACCCAAAAAGCACUCUGCUGACAUUCUGAAAGUUAUCCCACAAAAUUCAUUCUAGCAACCCACUCCUGUUUUAUUUGUUUGUUUUUGAAUGGGAAUUACGUUUUACUGUUUAUGUAAAGAAGUAUUACACAUUAUCACUUCAGGAAAUUUUUGGAGACACAAAACCUUGCUGCUUUCAUUUUCUUUAGUGUAGUAACAGUAAUGUAGUUACUUGUAAUCAAGUUCAAAUAAACCUUGAUUAUAAAUAAACUUGUAAUCAAUCUCA